AUGCAUAUUGCUUCUCUCGCUCUCCUGGCCGGUGCCACCGCCGUCGCGGCUGAUACUGUCACUCUUUUCAUGCCUGGAUUCGACCAGCAAGACCUCGUUGGCAGCGUUAUGGGAUCUAGCGCCAAGAUGACUACCUAUCUCGUCCAGUGCGCCGCCGACGAAGACUCCGUCGACUGCGGCGUCCCUCCCGGUGGCGUUACCGUUAUCCAGGGUUCUUCGACCGCCCAAAUCAACUACGGCAUGGAAGGAAUUACUCUCGACGAGCGCUGCAAUUACGACGCCACAAGCGUGACUUGCUCUGGAAGCAUGGUUGAGAGCGGUAUUUCCUCGGCUUACAACACUGCUGUUCCUCUCUCUGAGAUCCCCGGUGGCGCUCUUUUGCCUGUUAGCAUCACUGCUAGUGGUACCUCUGGUGCUUCUGCUACUACAGGUGCUUCGGUUACUGCUUCCACUGCUUCUUCGACUGGCGCAUCUGGAAUGACUACUUCUGCUUCCACUGGUACUGCUACUGGUACCUCUACCUCCGCCAAUGAGAGCAGCAGUGCUUCUGCUACUGGUACCCAGACUUCGUCGCCUAAUGCUGCUUUGCCUCUGAUGACUGGCAAUGCUCGCUGGGCUGCUGUUGGCGGUGUUGCUGCCGCUUUCGCUGUUGCUGCCAUCUAG